AAAAAAAACGCGGCUGCUGUAUUCACCAAAAACAGAGAGAAGAGAGAGAAAGACAGAGACAACAAACACAAACUCUGUUGUGUUGUUGAUUCGAUCGUAGCUACAAACAAUAACAUUCAAACUUUCUUAAUUUUCAACACACACGUUUUUUUCUUUUCAUUUCUUUUUCGAUUCGCUUGUUCUUAAUUUUGUUGUAAUUUUUUCAUUUUUUUUUAUUUUGGUUGAAUUUGAGGUUUUGAUUUCUACAUAAUCGUGUUGAUUAUAAUUAUUUUCAAUUAUCGGUGGAUUUUUGUUUCUGAAGAAGAAUGGAUCGAAGUUGGAGUUGGAAGAAGGUUUCUCAAUGUGAAGGUUUAAGUUGGAGGGUUUGAUUAUUUUUUAUUUAAUUUUUGUGAUUUUUUUUUGGUGAAUUUUUUUAUUUGAAUGAUUUCUGCUGGAGAUAGGGAUGAAAUAAAGGGAUUAGGGUUAGGGUUAGGGUUAGGUUUGGGUAGUAGAAGGAGAGAGAUGGUGGAGUUUGAGCUUGAAGAAGGCGAAGCUUUUUCAUAUCAAAACCGUGAACAAGAUUUUGACACCACUGUUGAUCCUGAUGUUGCCCUUUCUUACAUUGAUGACAAAAUUCAAGAUGUCCUUGGACACUUUCAGAAAGAUUUUGAAGGUGGGGUGUCCGCUGAGAAUCUGGGGGCAAAAUUUGGUGGUUAUGGAUCAUUUUUGCCUACCUAUCAGCGCUCUCCUGCUUGGACUCAUCCAAGGACUCCACAAAAAAAUCAUAGUCAAAAUUCACCUAGAUCUCCUAAUAACUUGCACUCGGAGAGUGGACAAGUGGAUGCUGUACAAUGUUCAACCGGAACUCAACUAUCGAGACUUGGCCCAGGUUCUGCUACCUCCUCGAGGCUGGCUGCAAUUAAGGGACUCUCUUUAGAUGAUGGAACAAAUAACGAAAGUUGCAUGUCAAUCACUAAUGCCGAGGCAUUAAAUUCUAAGUAUCAGUCUCUAAACACGAAAGCUGCUAGCAUAUCAGACCAGAAGACACUGAAGGUUCGAAUCAAAAUUCCUGACGAUUUGUCAACACGGAAAAAUGCUGCCAUAUACAGUGGACUUGGUCUAGAUGUGUCACCGUCAUCAUCACCGGAUGACAGCCCCUCAGAAAGUGAAGGAGUUUCUCGUGGCCCUCUAGAUGCUCCCUUUGAAUCUCCGACCAGUAUCCUAAAGAUUAUCACAACCUUCCCUGUGCCGCUGUCGCCUCUUCCUGAUGAUCUCAUUGAAUUAACUGAGAAGGAGGUGCGUACCAGAGAUAGCAUCCCCGGUCUUGUUCAUAUAGAUGACCCAGAAAGUUCCGGCAUGUUACUAAAUGAAUCCAAUAUUGUCAAAGGUGACAGAAAAUUGUUGGGAGGGAAAAAAGUGAAGUCCCUAGAGGACUAUGAGUCCUCGAUGGAAUUUAAGGGUUGCAGUAAGAAGAAUACUCGUAAUGAUGUGGGAAGGCCGUCAAGAAAAGAACAAGCUGCAGAUGCAUUGACUAUGGAGGAAUUAGUUUCAAACACCAUGAAGCUUCCUCUUCUGUCCAAUUUGCAUUCUCUCGGUGAAGACUCGGUAAAGGACGUCAAUGGGACAUGUAAUUCACUGAAGGAAGCCAACAAGGGUGUGGUGAAGGAGAAAACCUUGUCAGACCAAGCACAAAAGGAAGGGGUGGAUCAGGCAUCUUCCGAAGUGAAUGGUUUUUCUGAGAGGGCAAAAGGAGGUUCUGGAAGGAAAGUUGUGGGAGACAAGGUUUUGCUCGAUGACACCAAAGUUAGGACAACAUCAAACACUGAAUGUGUAGAGCCUCCUAAGAAGCCUAAUCAAAAAAGAGGUAGCCUGGGCGAACAAGACAGUACGACAUUGCCUUUUGUGACAGAACAUUCAUAUCCUGCGGGGAAGAAGAAAUCAAAGGGAAUUCAUGACACCGUGAUUAUCGAGAGGGAAAAAGAAAACAUGAAGGUUGGAUCCUCUUCGAUCCCCAAAACAAAAAGGAGUACUGAUGAUAGUUAUACAUCAAGAAAUGAAAUUGAAGAUGUCAAAGUACAAAAGGGUUCUGGGAAGGCUAGAGAUGCUUAUAGAGAUUUCUUUGGAGAAUUGGAAGAAGAUGAGGAUAAAACCGAUUCGCCGGAGACCCCUUAUGAAGCUAAACCGAAGGAAUCUGAGGCGGUUGAGAGGAGCACGCCAGAAACAAAUCUAGGAGCAAAGGAGACAUCUGGUGGUAAGAAAAUGGAUAAGUCGUUAACAGCAGAAGUAUAUCCUAGAACAGCCACAAAUGUCUGGUGCACUGGAAUUGCACCUAGUACUGAUGCAGAGAACGGAAAUGGGGUUCCUGCAAUAUUGCCUCCUGUUGAGAUGGAAGACAAUUGGGUACAGUGUGACAGGUGUCAUAAAUGGCGUCUUCUUCCUGCUGGCACAAAUCCUGAUAGCCUACCUGAAAAGUGGCUGUGUAGCAUGCUUAAUUGGCUGCCUGACAUGAAUAGAUGUAGUUUUAGUGAGGAUGAAACCACCAAAGCUCUUUUUUCUCUAUACCAAGUGCAUUCUCUUGAUGCUCAAAGCAACCCGCAAAAUAUCUCGGGAAGUGUUAUGAUGGGAGGAACUGGGUCAACUUUCCAGCAUCCUGGUCAACGCCAUCUAAAUAAUGAUAUGCAUGCUGUGCCUGGUGGGAAGAAAAAAAUUGCGAAAGAAAUAUCAUCAGUGAAUGCGGUCAUCACUGAUGGCGUUUCUCAUCCUUCAUAUUCUAUAAAGAAAAACAUGCAGUCAUCAGUGAAAAGUAGGAGCUUAAAUGAUGUAAACAAAUCUCCGGUUGUGAGCGAGGCUGAUGCUCCAGGGGAGAGACACAAAAAUAAGCCGAGGAUGCCAGAGUACAAUUCUGAUAGAGGUGAUGCAAAGAAUAAGAAAAGCAGGAGGGAUCCUGAUCAAGAUUGUUCGAGGCCAUCCAAGAAAGGUAAGACUGACAAGGUUCAUUCUGCUGAUAAAGACUGGAUUCCAGAACAGAAUGGAACCGGUAGGAAGAUCAGUCAUAGCUCAAACAACACUAUGCCAACCACUUCAGCUGGCAAAGAUCGACCUAGACAGAAAGGCCGCUCCUCAUCGAGUGACUCCAAAUUUAGAAAGGACAGGCCACCAGUUUCUACCGAGAAGAGAAACGAUAAGGGCCAGGGUUCCUUGGAUGAGGGGUCCCUGGAUUUGGGGAAUUAUGGUUCCAUUGGUAGUGUGAAAAAGAGGAAAUUGAAGGAGUAUCAGGAUGCUCAAACUCGUAGCACAGGUAAUCCUCGCCCACACGAGAGUAGAAUUUCUGAGCAUGAGUUCAGUGACUCCAGGAAGGAAAAGAAAGCAAGAAAUUCAAGAUCUGAAGGCAAAGAAUCAAGUGCCAGUAAAGGCAGUGGCAGGACUGACAAAAAAGUUAGUCACACAAAGAACCAAAAUUUCAGGCAAAAUCCUGGGAGCAAUCAUUCACAUAGGAGCAUGGAUAGAAUGGACAGUUCAAAGAGGGACUUGGGGUCUGUGCAGGUUUCUGUUGCAGCCACUUCAAGCUCUUCUAAGGUCUCUGGCUCACAUAAAACCAAAGCCAGCUUCCAGGAAGUGAAAGGCUCCCCUGUGGAAUCAGUUUCUUCCUCGCCUUUAAGAAUUUUAAGUACAGAUAAGUUAUCAAACAGAGAAAUUAUGGGGAAAGAUGAGCCUCAUAAUACUGCUGCUGUGGAUAGUCCAAGAAGAUGCUUAGACGGGGAAGAUGAUGGUGCAAGUGAUCGAUCAGAAACGGCCAGGAAGGACAAAUCUUUCACCAUGGCCCACAGGUCUGAUUUUCAGGGCAAGGGUGUUGAUCAUACGACAGAUACUAAGCCUAAAGGUCAAACAAGCAGCCAUUAUCCCGAUAGUGGUGCUGAAACUGUGGCCCUGGAAUAUCCAGCUGCAGAGCAGAUUAAGCAUCACGGUGAAGAUAGGACUGGUGUUUAUUAUGCUAACGAUAAUGUGUCUCAUGCAAGGAAAACUGGCACGCAAUCAGGUUUGGAGGAAAACAAGCAGGGCUGUAAGUCAGAGCCCCCCAAAGUAAAAGUCAAGAGCUCUAGUUCUCCUAGUCAACUGCCAGAUCAGUCUCCGCUGCAUGAUGCAAAUGAUAGGGAUGAAAAAGUUAAGUUGGAGAAGUUCGGACUCAAUCCUGAUCAGAAUGAGAAUAUUGCUAGCAAGAAAGACCUUACAGUAAAAAAUGAAAGUAGGAAAAAAGAGAAUCACGUAAAGAGGGAGCAUGACAUUCAAGAGGUUCGUAUUGAUGCACUAUGCAAACAGGAACCAUUACAUGCUCCCAGUAAGAAUCAGUUGGCAGACCGUGAUACCGGAAGAUCUUCAAAGAGGUCUCUUUCGGAAAGACCUGCUGAUCAAGAAGUGCUUGGAAAAGGGAAGUCUCAAGUUGAGACUUUGAGUCAUUGCCCACGACCAGCCGCUAGUUCCCAAAAAGGGAAUGGAGAUAUGGAAGUUGAUCCGGCCAAAGUUGAUGAUGCGUCAAAGCUGCAAAAAAAGCAAUUUAAAAAGGCUGAUCAUAUAAAUGGAACUCAGCAAAUUGGGUCCAGAAAUCCUGCACUUAAUGGACACAGGUCCAAGGAGCCCGAUGCACCUAGUCCCGUUAGAAAGGAUUCAUAUAGCCAUGCUGCUAACAAUGCUGUGAGAGAAGCUAAAGAUCUUAAGCACCUGGCAGACCGUCUCAAGAAUUCUGGAUCCACUCUUGAGAGCACUAAUCUAUACUUCCAGGCAGCCCUUAAGUUUCUUAAUGGAGCCUCUCUGUUAGAAUCUGGCAACAACGAUAACGCUAAACAUAAUGAGAUGAUUCAAUCAAAGCAGAUGUACAGCAGCACAGCUAAAUUGUGCGAGUUUUGUGCCCAUGAAUAUGAGAAAUCAAAAGACAUGGCUUCAGCUGCUCUGGCCUACAAAUGCACGGAGGUGGCAUAUAUGAGGGUAAUAUAUUCUUCGCACACUAGUGCAAGCAGAGAUCGGCAUGAAUUGCAGACAGCCCUGCAAAUGAUUCCUCUUGGUGAAUCUCCAUCAUCAUCAGCCUCUGAUGUUGACAAUGUUAACAACCCUACAGUAGCUGACAAAGUUGCCCUAUCCAAGAGUGUCAAUUCACCCCAGGUUGCUGGAAACCAUGUUAUUUCCGCACGGAGUCGUCCGAAUUUUGUGAGGAUACUCAAUUAUGCUCAGGAUGUGAAUUUUGCCAUGGAAGCCUCAAGGAAAUCACGGAAUGCUUUUGCAGCUGCAAAGGCAAGCCUGGGCGUUGGCAAGAAUUCAGAUGGUAUUUCCUCUAUCAAGAAGGCCCUUGAUUUUAGCUUUCAAGAUGUGGAGGGGUUACUACGUUUGGUACGGCUUGCUGUGGAGGCCAUUAACCGUUAAAAGGUCUGAUUAGUCGUGAAAUGAUUCUAGCCCUUAAGAACACAUGUUUCUUUUGUCAUGUAUAAAACCUCCAGCGACAAAGAUUCAGUUAUGAAGGGCAGGGUUUUAUUAUGUUGGAUCUUCAAUCAGUCUUGCCGACCGAUGAAGCUAUUACCGUCUCCACCUAGGUGUUUCCGUAUGCUGUGAAAUCUUUGGCAAGCCUGAGAUGGUUUGGAGGCAUUCAGAAGUCAGCUUCUGUAAAGCAGAUUGUGAGCAACUUUGAUACAUCAGAAUCAUUAAUUGAAGAUAUGAUUGGUGGAUAUGGAUAGAUUUAGAAGUUUUGAAAUUAAUUGCCAUCUUUUGUUCUUCUCAUUUUGAAGGGGUUAUUAUUUUUUCAAUCUGUAAAUGUGUAAAAGUUGUAACUUCUGGUGAAAGGCAGCCAUUGAUUUUGCAUUGCUUAUACCAGUGGGAGCUGCACUUACUCCUCUUGGUCAUCAAGGAGAGUAAGACUAAGGUUGUCUUCUUGUCUUGUACAAUUUUGGGAUUAGUGGUAGAACUAUAUUUUUUUUCUCAUUUUCUUGUGGAUAGAGAACAAUCAGAAAACAAUAAAGGAAAGAUGUACAGCAAGAUUUUUUUAAACAACGGAGUCGAUAUGUAAAUAAACUCAGUAGAAUCAGGCCAGAGACAGCGCAGCUGGUGAUUGCCUUAUGCGGAAGCUGAUAGGUUGAGUCACAGAAGCAAAUUGAAAGUGGAGCUGGAAUUUAGCUGGCAAACUCUGUAACUGACCUUAAUGGAGUUUUUUCCUUUCUUCUUCCAUUGUCAAUAGUAUUUAGAAUACAAGUACUAUAUCUUAUCAACAGCUGCUUGGAUUGAACAUUCAAAUUAAAUAUUAAAUUUUGACUCUUGCCAAGUUGCCAGCA